ACAUCGGCUAAGCCGUUGUCGUAGUCUCAGUUCUCGAUUCAACAUUAACUCGAUCGUUUCGUUACGAAACUAGAUUUCUGUCGAUGCAGCUUUAUUUUUCGAACGAGUGUAUUUUUGUUUGCAAAUUCCUGUAGGUUUAUUCUUAUUUUCUAUUUGUUUGUGAAUUGGCGCACAAUAUAAUAAUUUCGGGAAGAAAAACAAGUUAGUGAAAUGGGUGUUUGAAGUCAGUGACUCUUAAUCAUUUAUAAAACUAACUAUUUAAAAUUCUUAGUUGAAAGAAAUCCCACUUCAAAAACAUGAUGGUGUGCUACAAACAACCACUGUUAGUAUUAUUGAUAAGCAUCAUAAGGCUGCAAAUCUGCUUCACCAGCGGCAUUAAGCAAAAACCUCACAUUAUUUUUAUUUUGGCUGAUGAUUUGGGUUUCAAUGAUGUCGGUUUCCAUGGAUCUGCACAGAUUCCAACGCCUAACAUCGACGCAUUAGCUUACUCCGGAAUAAUACUGAACCGUUAUUACGUGACUCCCAUAUGCACGCCAUCAAGGUCUGCAUUGAUGACAGGAAAAUACCCCAUUCACACAGGAAUGCAACACAGAGUACUCUACGCUGCAGAACCACGGGGUCUUCCACUUAGCGAGAAACUUAUGCCCGAGUAUUUCAAUGAACUGGGAUACUCUUCCCAUAUUGCAGGUAAAUGGCAUCUAGGCCAUUACAAGCGAGUUUAUACGCCUUUGUAUAGAGGUUUUCAAAGUCAUGUGGGCUGUUUCACCGGUCAUCAUGAUUAUUUUGAUCAUACAGCUGUGGAAAACCCCUCAUGGGGACUUGAUAUGAGAAAUGGUUUAGAUGUAGCAUAUGAUAUGCAUGGAAAGUAUAGUACUGACAUCAUAACUGACGAAGCAGUUCAAGUGAUCAGGAAACGAAAUGCAUCUAUGCCUUUGUUUUUGUAUGUGGCACAUGUUGCCGUACAUUCGGGUAAUCCGUAUAAUCCACUGCCGGCGCCAGAUGAAGCUGUCGCAAAAAUUCAAAAUAUUCCGGAUUAUAAUCGUCGGAAAUUUGCAGCUAUGUUGUCAAAAUUAGACGAUUCAGUUGGAACCAUUGUACAUGAGUUAUCCAAACAAAAUAUGCUUUCCAAUUCAAUCAUUAUCUUCAGUACCGAUAAUGGUGGUCCUGCUGAAGGUUUUAACUUAAAUCAUGCUUCAAAUUGGCCCCUACGAGGUGUCAAAAAUACUCUUUGGGAAGGAGGAGUUCGUGGAGCUGCUUUAAUUUGGUCCCCAAGAUUGGAGAAAAUUCAAAGAGUUUCUGAGCAAACAAUGCAAAUUACCGAUUGGCUUCCAACUCUCAUGACUGCAAUUGGUGCUCCUCUAAGUCAGAAUAAUACAAAACUCGAUGGCAUAAGCAUUUGGGAUGAAUUGUCAUCUGGUGAAGAAUCGAAAAGAAAAUCAACACUUCAUAAUAUCGAUGAUAUUUGGGGAAGUGCUGCGAUUACAGUUGGCGAAUGGAAAUUACACAAAGGAACAAACUAUGACGGAGCAUGGGAUGGUUGGUAUGGCCCAGCGGGUGCUAGAGACGAACAAGCUUAUAAUUUAACAGCUGUCUUCAAUUGUCCAACUGGUAAAGCUUUGUCUUCAAUUAAAAUGAUGCCAACAGAAGAGCGAAUCGUUCAACUUAGAAGAAGUGCUUCGGUGAUGUGUAAUAGUAAUGAUAUAAGCAAGACGUAUCCAAUGAAAGAAACAUCAUGUGAGCCUUUGAAGGCGCCAUGUUUGUUUAAUAUCAAGCAUGAUCCCUGUGAACAACUCAAUUUGGCUGAAAGAUAUCCAAAUAUACUCAAUGCUCUUCUUGUUCAACUUGAAGCUCUUAAUGCAACAGCUGUGCCUCCAGGCAAUAAACCAAUGGACAGUCGUGCUGAUCCACGUUUUUGGGAUAAUACAUGGACUAAUUUUGGAGAUUUUAGUAUUGAAAAGUAAAGAAAAAAAAGAGUCUUAGAAUGAACAAAUAAAAAUAUUACAUUCCAAAAAC